AUGCUUCUGGACGCGGGGCCGCAGUUCCCGGCCAUCGGGGUGGGCAGUUUCGCGCGCCACCAUCACCACUCGGCCGCGGCGGCCGCGGCGGCGGCCGCCGAGAUGCAGGACCGCGAACUGAGCCUGGCGGCCGCGCAGAACGGCUUCGUGGACUCGGCGGCCGCUCACAUGGGCGCCUUCAAGCUUAACCCGGGCGCACACGAGCUGUCCCCGGGCCAGAGCUCGGCGUUCACGUCUCAGGGUCCCGGCGCCUACCCUGGCUCCGCCGCGGCUGCCGCUGCCGCCGCCGCGCUCGGGCCCCAUGCCGCGCACGUCGGCUCGUACUCUGGGCCGCCCUUCAACUCCACCCGGGACUUCCUGUUCCGCAGCCGCGGCUUCGGGGACUCGGCGCCCGGCGGCGGGCAGCACGGGCUGUUCGGGCCGGGAGCAGGCGGCCUACACCACGCGCACUCGGACGCGCAGGGCCACCUCCUCUUUCCCGGCCUCCCGGAGCAGCACGGGCCGCAUGGCUCCCAGAAUGUGCUCAACGGGCAGAUGCGCCUCGGGCUGCCCGGCGAGGUUUUCGGGCGCUCGGAGCAGUACCGCCAGGUGGCCAGCCCGCGGACCGACCCCUACUCGGCGGCGCAGCUCCACAAUCAGUACGGCCCCAUGAAUAUGAACAUGGGUAUGAACAUGGCAGCGGCCGCGGCCCACCACCACCACCACCACCACCACCCUGGUGCCUUUUUCCGCUACAUGCGGCAGCAGUGCAUCAAGCAAGAGCUCAUCUGCAAGUGGAUCGACCCCGAGCAGCUGAGCAACCCCAAGAAGAGCUGCAACAAAACUUUCAGCACCAUGCACGAGCUGGUCACCCACGUCUCCGUGGAGCACGUUGGCGGCCCGGAGCAGAGCAACCACGUCUGCUUCUGGGAGGAGUGUCCGCGCGAGGGCAAGCCCUUCAAGGCCAAAUACAAACUGGUCAACCACAUCCGCGUGCACACAGGCGAGAAACCUUUCCCCUGCCCCUUCCCGGGUUGCGGCAAGGUCUUCGCGCGCUCCGAGAACCUCAAGAUCCACAAAAGGACCCACACAGGGGAGAAGCCGUUCCAGUGUGAGUUCGAGGGCUGCGACCGGCGCUUCGCCAACAGCAGCGACAGGAAGAAGCACAUGCACGUCCACACCUCCGAUAAGCCCUAUCUGUGCAAGAUGUGCGACAAGUCAUACACGCACCCCAGCUCGCUGCGGAAACACAUGAAGGUCCAUGAGUCCUCCCCGCAGGGCUCCGAGUCCUCCCCAGCCGCCAGCUCCGGCUACGAGUCAUCCACGCCACCGGGGCUGGUGUCCCCCAGCGCCGAGCCCCAGAGCAGCUCCAACCUCUCCCCGGCAGCGGCGGCUGCAGCGGCCGCGGCGGCUGCGGCGGCGGCAGCGGUGUCCGCGGUACACCGGGGCGGAGGCUCUGGCAGCGGCGGCGCAGGCGGCUCCGGUGGAGGCAGUGGUGGCGGCGGGGGCGGCGGCGGGUCGGGCGGAGGGGGCGGCAGCAGCUCUGGCGGGGGCAGCGGGACAGCCGGAGGCCACAGCGGCCUCUCCUCCAACUUUAAUGAAUGGUACGUGUGA